CUAUACUCCUAUUCCUUUGCCCCAAACCCGGACUGGUCAGCCACAUACGCUUCUCAGCCAGAAAUCCUGUCUUACAUUCAGCAAGUAGUCCGCUCGUCCGACUGUUCUGAUUAUAUCCAUCUCAAGCAGGAAUGUGUCGCGGCAGAAUGGCUUGACAACGAGUUGCACUGGCGUGUAAAAUUGAUCGACCUUGAGUCUGGGCAAAGUUAUCUCAGAUACACAAAAGUCUUGGUCACAGCCGUUGGAUUCUGUGAUGUGCCAAAGGGCGCCGACAAGAUUGAUGGGAUUAAAAACUUCACCGGCAAAGUCUUCCACAGUGCUAGGUGGGAUCAUUCCUUCGAUUUCAGCGACAAAAACGUGGGCGUGGUCGGCAACGGCUGCUCUGCGAACCAGUUCAUCUCGUCUCUGCUCGAUCAAACAGCUAUCCAAAGUCUUGUUCAGUUUAUGAGAAGCCCGCACUGGAUCGCUCCAAAAGAUAACAGCCAAGCAAAAAGGUUGAUGGCAAUGGUCCUUCGCCGUGUACCUUUCACAAACCGACUUUGGCGAUAUUGGCUGGCUGCCAAAUUUGAUCUGGCCUUCCCAGCUUUCAAAAGUAACAGGCUGGGUAAGUUGCUCCGACAACGGAUCCAAACGUCCCUUGCCAACUAUAUCCGACGAUCAACGCCCCAAAAGUAUCACCACAUGCUGAUACCAACCUUCGAUUUUGGAGCGAAGCGGCCAGUCUUAGACCACGGUUACUUGCAAUCGCUGCAUGAUCCGAGAGUAAAGCUAAUCAGCACACCGUCUUUGUCCGUCGUUGCCCCCCGUGAGCUGCAAAGCAAUAACGGCGAUAUCUUCCCUGCGGACGUACUAAUACUUGCCAAUGGCUUCGAAACUCAACAGCUUCUUACUCCGAUGAAGAUCACAGGCUUGAGGGGCGCAGAGCUUCCGGCUCUGUGGCAACAAAGCGAGAAAUAUGCAUCUGCUUACAUGGGAGUCUGUGUCUCAGGAUUUCCUAACCUUUUUCUGCUCACCGGUCCUAAUACCCUUCCUUCCGGUCACUCUACAUUAGUGGGCAUCGAGUGUUCCGUAGAGUACAUCACACGAUUGAUGAGCCGUUUUCUCGACAAUCAUUCAUCGAAGGUCAAAUUUGAGGUGAAAGCAGAAGCCCAGGAUUCCUUCAAUACAUUGUUGCAAUCCAAGCUACAACGGCUCAUUUACACUUCGGACGUGUCAAGUUGGUACAUGGAUAAGCGGACUGGGAAAAAUACGCUGAUCUGGCCCGGGAGUCAAGUUGAAUUCUGGUAUUCGAGAUGUGUAAAGAGCGUGAAUUGGACAGAUUUUGUGAUUGAAACACGCGGCUAG